ACGGCGUGCUGUAAACGCAGUGUCAGCGACUCUACGUGGCGAUGAUGGAAGUCAGUGGAAGGCGGAAUAUGGAGAGCUCGAGGAGGAGCUGAUUUAUUUUAUCCGGGCCACGACACGUCCACGGAAUCCACGUGUAGCCGGUCAGAGCUGCAGAUUGAAGGGCUGCGCUGCUCUCAUCCGCCGCGGUUGGGUAUUCAUCAUGGAUGGACCGCUGACCGCCGUCAAUAGAGGAGGUGUCUUAAUGCGAUCCAGCGGAGCAGUUAACAUGGUCUCGACACGGCUGGUGUUUGUUAUCAUCCUCCCAGCACUGAGUCUGUGUGCUCCACAAGUCCAGAGCCUCAGUGAUGGCAUCCUUGCACCAGACCUUGCUAAUCCUUUUGGGUCUACUGAAGACAACCGCAGGCUUCUGCAAAGCUACAUCAAGAGCAACCUGAAGGAUGGACAGACCAGUCCAGAGCUCAACACAAGGGAACAAGAGGUGUUCUUCCUUUUCUCCCUGUAUGACUAUGACAGAAGUGGGCAGAUGGAUGGUCUGGAACUGAUGCAGCUUCUGACAGAUUUCCUGACUUACCAUGAAAUGAUGCCAAAGUCAACAGAUUCUGUUGUGACCUUGGUGGAUUAUCUUCUACAAACUCAGGAUCUGAACCAGGACGGACUACUGGCUCCAUCAGAGCUGUUAUCACCAUCCACAAUGGAGCAUCAAGAAAACAGCAUUCCCCCUGAUGAUUCACCAGCUGAUGAGGCUUUAAAGCAAGACGAAACCGGUAAGAAACCAGACGAUGGAGAUUCCGAAAAUCAUCAGAAAGAUGCAGAUGUUAACCAAGAGUCUGAACAUAAGAAUAAGACACAAAACACAGACGAAGAACAACACAAGCAAACACCAGAGAAAGCUGAAGAACAGCAGGACCAACAGCAGCCUCCAGAAGAGCAGAAGCUGCAGGAUGAUCACCAUGAACUGGAGAACAUGCCAGUCCAUCUGGACCAACCUGAGAUGUAAUUUAAAAUAUGCAUAAAGUGCCACUUCAGAGACUAAGAAUCGUUUUAGCUGAACCUCAAAAAAUUAUAUUUAUAUAUAUA